AUGGACUACGACCGCGGCGCCCCCGACCUGGGCCUCGCGUCGACGCUCGACGAGAUCCUCGGCGAGGCGGACCCGCUCGGCGCCUGGGACGCGGACCUGCGGAGCCAGGCGCCGCAGAAGACGCCGGGCGACGCCCUCUGGGCCGGCCAGACGCGCCGCGUGUCGCCGGACGAGCAGACCAACCGGACGCUCUUCCCGGAGCGCGUCAUCGACGACGACUCCGAGGGCGAGGCGACGCGCGGCCCCGACCCGCCGCUCGCGAACCUCUCGCAGCUCCAGGCGUGGGCCGCCGACGCCGCGCGGCGCUUGCAAGCCGCCGCCGCGCGGGGCGAGGCGGACCGCCUCAAGAUACUCGCGCUCGAGGCGGCGGCCUCGCGGCCCAAGAAAAGUGACGACGAGCAGGCGGCCUGGCGCCUCGAGCGCGCGACGCUCGAGACGCUCGCGAAGGCCCGAGAACGGGCCCACGCCGAAAAGGUCAAGGAGAUGCUCGCCGACUCGCUCAAGGCCCAAUCCGCGCUCGAGGCGGCCAAGGACGAGGUGAUCGAAUCCUUGACGACGGAGCUCGAGGAGACGAAGCGCGAGCUCCGCACCGAGACGCAAAAGGGCUGCGAGCUCGAGGCCGCCGUCGACGCGCGGAACGCUCGGAUCGACGAGCUCAAGGACGAGAAGGCGUCGCUGCAAAAAGCCAACGCGUCGCUCGAGGCCAAGCUCGCGACCAGAAAGCAGCGCGACGGCACGCCCACAAAGGCCCGGCUCGACCUGGGCGAGGACGUCGACGACGAAGAGGAGAACGCCCUCGAGCCCUACGUCGCGCCGCCGGAGUCCCCGCAGAAGGAAGGCGACGACGACGACGAGCUCGCGGGCUACCUGGUGGCCGCUCCACCCACGGAGGACGCGCUCGCGCGCCAGGAUGCGCGCCACCAACGCGGCGCGGACCUCGAGCUCCGCGCGCGGCUGAAAGCCGCAGAAGCCGCGCUGCGGAGCCUUUCGGACGAGCGCCGCAAGGAGAGUCGCGCGGCGGCGCGCGAGCGCGAGCAACUCAAGGAAGAGCUCGCGCGCCUGGCGACCCGCCACGCCUCCGAGAAAGUCGAGCUGGGCGCCCGCGUCGCGGCGCAAGAACGCGACGAGAAGAACGAACUGCGCUGCGCGCUGGAUCUGGCGGCCAAGGACCGCGACGCCCUGCGGAGCGACAUUGCGGGCCUCAAGGCGCGCUGCGACGCGAGCGACGCCGCCGCCUCGGAGGCGGCCGAGGCCGCGGCGGAGGCCCGGGCGUCGGCCGCCGCGGCCGCCGCGGCGCGCGACGCCACGGACGCGCGGCUCGCGAAGGCCGUGGCGGAGCACGCUUCCAUGUCGGCGCCGCACGAGGAAGAGGAGACCGCGGCGCUGCGCGCGGCGGCAGCGGCGGCGCGCGCGGACGCGGACGCGGCGGCCGCGCGCGCGGACGGGUUCGAGCGCCGCGUCGCGGCGCUCCAGGCCGAGGCGGCCGCCGCCACGGCGCUCGCCGCGGACCGGGGCCGGUCGCUCGAGGCGGCCGAGGCGCGCGCGCGCGCGGCCGAGGCCGACGCCGCCGCCGCGCGCCGCGCCGCGACGGCAGCUGAGGCGCGCGCCGAGGCGGCGUCGUGGUCCGACGAGACGCGCGGCGACGCGGUUGCGGCGGCCGUGUCGGCGGCCGUCGCGCGCGCCGACGCGUCGGACGCGGCGGCGCGCGAGCUCGCCGACGAGGCCGCCGCGUUGCGCGCCUCGGUGACGGCCGCGCGCGACGCCGAGGCGGCCGCGGCGGCCGCGGGCGCGGCGCUGGCGAGCGCAGCCGCGUCGGCGGCGCUCGUCGCGGCGCGCGGCGAGCGGGCGGCCGGCGCCAGCGAGGGCGCGGCGGCCGAGGCGCGCGACCGCGCCGCCGCCGAGCGCGCGGCGCUGCAGGAGGCGGCCGCGGCAGCGGCCGUCGAGCGCGCGGCGCUCGGCGCGCGCGUGGCGGCCGUCGAGGCGGCCUCGGCGGAAGCGUCGACCGCCGCGGCGGCCGCGCGCGACCGCGCCGACGCGGCGGACGCCGCGGCGGCGGCGGCCGUCGCCGACCUGGCGGCGCGCCGCGAGACGGAGGUGCUGCUGGACGGCGAGAAGCUCGAGGCGGCGACGCGCUGCGCCGAAGACGUCGCGCGGCAGGGCCGCGACGCGGUCGAGGCGACGCUGCGGGAGCGCGACGAGGCGCUAGCCGCGGCGCGCGAGGAGAUCUCCGCGGCGCGGGGCGAGGCGGCGGCGGCGCGCGCGGCGGCCGCCGCGGCCGUCGCGGACUCGGCGGCCAAAACUGCGGCGCUGCCGCACACGAACGAGGAGGCCACCAAGGCCCGCGACGCCGCGCGCCGGGCCGAGCUCGCGCGGCUCGAGAGCGCGCGCGCCUACGAGGCCAAGCUCCGGGAGGUCGAGGACCGGGCCGACGCCAAGCUCCGCAAGGUGGAGCGCGCCCACGAGGUCGCGCUCAAGCGCAUUCAGGGCGUGUCCGUGCAGGAGGGCGCCGCGGCCUCGAAGAAAGCGACGGAGGCGCUGCGGGGCCUCGCGGCCGAGCGCCAGUUCACCGACCGCGAGGCGGCGGCGCGCGCGGCCUGGGGCGCGCGCGUCGACGCGCUCACGUCCGAGCUAGCCGUGCGCACGAAGGAGCGCGCCGAAGCCCUGGACCUCCAGCGGGUGGCCUACGAGUCGGCGAUGCACGUGGCCGUCGUCGACGCCGUCGCCGAGGCCGUAGAGUCCUGCGAUGCCGACAAGGCGGCGGCCGUGGCGGCGUCCCAGGCCGCCGCGGCCGUGGCGGCGGCCGACGCCGCGGCGCGCGAGCAGGCGGCGGCCGAGGAGCUCGCCGCCGCGCGCGCGGCCUUUGCCGACGAGCUGGCGGCCGCGCGCGCCGCGGCGUCGGCGGCGGGCUCGCUCACGCGCGACACGGCGGCGCACGUCGACGCGGCCCGCGCCGAGGCGGCCGCCGAGGUCGCGGCGGCGCGCAAGGCGGCGGCGGCGGCCGGCGCGUCGCGGGCCGAGGCCGAGAGCGCGCGCGCCGCGGCCGACGCCGCGCGGCGCGAGCGCGACGACGCCGCGGCGCGCCUGGCGGCCGCCGCGGAGGCGCACGCGCGCGCCGACGAGGCCGCCGCGCGCCGCCUCGCCGACGCGGCGCGCGCGGCCGCGGACGCCACGGGCGAGAAGGACCGCGCGCACGCGAGCCGCCUCGCGGGCCUGCGCGCGGCCCACGCCACGGAGCUCGCGCGGCGCGACGCGACGCACCGCGACCAGCUGGACCAGUUCCGCAAGCUGCUCGAGGAGGAGGCGCGCCGCGUCGGCGAGACGGACGCGCUUUCGGGCCACGACGUCGCGAGCGCGCGCGACGCGGCGGCGGCCUACGCGCGCAAGGCCUGGGCGGCGACGGGCGAUUCGAACUACGUCGCCGCGACGGCGGAGCCCUACGAGGUGUACGUCGACCGCCUCGCCGUGCUGGCGCGGGCCGGCAGCGGGGCGCUCGAGGCGGCGGCGGCCGUCGAGGACGUCGCGGCGCGGCUGGAGUCGGCGUCCGACGACGCGGCGCACCUCAAGGAGGCGGCGGCGACGAUCCGGACCAUCGUGUCGCCGCUGCAGACGCCGCGCGCCCGGCCGCGCGUCGCCGUCGUCUCCGGCGACCACGACGCCGCCGCCGUCUGGCGCAAGCGCUGCGAGGAGAAGGAUCGCGAGCUCGACGCGCUCGCGCGCGAGGCCGAGGCCCGCCUCCGGCGCGCGGCCGACGACGUCCGCCGCGCCGAGGACGCCGCGCAGCAUGCGGAGACGGAGGCGCGGCGCGCCGCCGCGGCGCUCGAGCGCCAGGACGCCGCGGCGCGCGACGGUCGCGUCGACGCGCUCGGCGCGGCCCGCGCCGCCGUCGACGAGGAGCGCCGCAAGGCCGCGCGCGACCUGCGCCAGCGCGACGCCGAGCACGCCGCGGCCCUGUCCUCCCUGCGCGAGCGCUGUGCAAACUGGCUACGCCAGGUCAAGGAGGAGUGGAGCCGCGCGGCCAAGCACGCGCUCGCGAAGCAGCGGCUCCGCCUCGCCGCGCGGCACGAGGCGCUCAACGCCCAGGCGGCGAAGCGAUGGCAGCGCGCGCUGGACGCAGCGCUCGCCGGCCGCGCGACGUCAUCAUCUCUCUCGCCGCCGCCGUUGCGGCGCCGCGACGAAGCCGACGCGCUCUCCGACGACGAGUUCGAGGAUCCUUUCCCGGCCGGUAUCGAGUCGGCGGCUGUGCCCGCGUACUAA